AUGUCCAAGACGCUCUACAACGUUAUCACACUCGUCUCGCUUCUCAGUCUUCUUCACUGUGCCUAUUCUGCAGCGCAGCAUCGCUCCUACUUGCGACUAACGGAGCAGCCUUUCGUCACGUUGCCAGCUGACGUUUUGGCACAGACUUUGAUCUCUUUGGUGGCACUAAUUUACGGAGCAUCUCACGUUGCUGGUGCAUUCCAGCACAUCAAAAGUGAUCCGAAUCGUGAUCGAUCAUGGGACGAGGCAGGGAGUUGCAUGUCUUUCGUAACAUUCGAACAUCGUGGAAAAGCAAUGUCACCGGCGCAUGCGGUAGUGCGUCAGCGUACCGAGGAGGUUGCGCAGCUGCCGGAUUCUGCCUCUUUUAGGCAACCAAGUUCCAAGAAGUUGAAGUCUUCACGUGUUUUGACUAUUACAAAAGCGCAAGCACAAGAAGCGUUCCGCCUGUGUUUAGAGGCAGUUCGAUCUAGAGACCACGACAACUAUCAGGCAUUAUUAACUAUGCCGAAAUCGUGUCAUCCGGAACUAGCUGCUUUGCUUGCCUUCAAUGUUGAGCUGGCUCUUGUGCGAGAAAAAAUCACACAGCGUACUGCUGAUGCAACUGGUAUGUAUCGGUUGCAAUUUUGGCGUGAUGCUAUUGCAGCGAUCUAUGGCGACUCAGCGGCACCUAUACCGAGGCAAAAUAUUUUACCAGUCUUGCAACCUGUUGCAGUGGCACUAUGUUCAUUUGCACCACGUGCUUCUAUGUCGCUUUUAGACUCGCUUAUAGUCGCUCGUCAAAGGACUAUAGGCGAUCGACCUUUUCGCUCCGUUGCAGAUUUGGAAAACUAUGGUGUUGCUACAACGGGUGCAAUGAUUCGUCUUCAAGCUGACACUCUUGCUCGUGCAUCUUCUAUGGGAAGUCUCAGUGAAUCGGCGAUCAAAGCAGCAGAUCAGCUUGGAGCUGCAUACGGGAUUAUGAAUUUGAUUAGGUCAUCUCUUCCUUUACUGCUCAAAGGUGUUGUUCUUCUACCUGAAGACCUCAUGGCGAUACAUAAUCUGACGCCAGAUAUAGUGUACAAGAGAAAGAACCCUGAAGCUUUAGUGCUUCUAGUCAAGGAUUUGGUAAAGGUAGCGUCUGUUCAUCUUGUUGCUUCAAAACAACUGUUGCCUGACGUACCGCGCACUAUUCGCAGGGCGUUCGCUCCAACUUCCUCUGUUGUGAAUUAUCUUAUGAAGAACACAAACAAGUUCGGCUACAAUCUCUACGACAGUCGAUUACAAAGGCGACAUCCGUUUUUGAUGUGGACGCUUUUGUUUAAAAAUAUGAUGGGACGUUACUGA